AUGUCAGUCUGGUCAUUUGUCGUGUUUUGGUUUUACUUGAGCUCGUUUUUUAUAGUUGGGACUAUAACAGCGGCUUUCGUACUACCAUUUAUGACAGCAUCGUUAUUCUUUGCUACAGGCGUCGUUAUAUGCGGCUUUUUUAGUAAUUUAAGUUUUAAAUCCGCUCAGUUAAUGUAUGACCAAUUUGUGGGCAUAUUACAAGCAACUUUAAAGAAUAUGGCAGAUCAAGUUCCCAUUAUAGACAGCGGCUCAAAUCAAAACGUGACAUCAGGAGAUUUAAACACGUGCAGUCUGUGCGCUCGAAUGGCCGAAGCCGAUAUUUCUGGGAGUGACCGCUCAGAUAACUAUAUGAUGGGACAUAAUGACUAUUCUGAAUCGCCCAUGGUAUACGAGCUGUCGGGAUCACCCCAGAUCCAAGAGCUCCCUGACAGUUCCCAGAUACAGGAAUUAACCGAGACAGUCGAAAGCGAAGGAGUAGAUAGUAACUUACAGUACGAGGACAGUUUUCAGUCACCGCAAAUUCAAGAAGUACCUGCAUCUCCGAAAAUCCAGGAACUACGUGAAUCGCCGCAAGUCGAAAUGCUCAGUAGAUCAUCCCAGGAGGAUAUCGCUGAAUCGCCUGAGUAUUCAGGCUAUUUUGAGGAGCAAGAUGAACAAAAGCCUGUGUUCAAAGAAUAUUAUUCUUUAGAUGACGAGUAUUGA